UCUUUAACCUCACAAAAAGUAAACCAACGACAUUUCAUUAACCUCUCCAAAAAAAAAACCUUGAAAAUGUCGAAGAGUAAGAUUCUGGUCGUGGGUGGCACAGGGUACAUCGGUAAGAGGAUUGUGAAGGCUAGUUUGGCUCAAGGUCACCCGACUUUUGUCCUUAUGCGUCGAGAAAUAGGUUACGAAGUUGAAAAGCUUCAGACGUUGCUAUCAUUUAAGCAACAAGGAGCUCGAUUAGUUGAAGGUUCAUUCUCCGAUCAUCAAUCUCUCGUGAAUGCCGUUAAAGAAGUUGAUGUCGUGAUAUGCACCAUGUCAGGAGUGCAAUUCCGUUCACAUAACAUUCUUCUUCAACUUAAGCUUGUUGACGCCAUUAAUGAAGCUGGGAACAUCAAGCGGUUUUUGCCAUCGGAGUUUGGAAUAGACCCUUCACGAAUGGAACAUAGGGUUGAAUAUGGAAAGGAGACAUUUGAAGACAAGAUGAUAGUACGAAAAGCCAUUGAAGAUGCUAAAAUACCAUAUACAUAUAUUUCUGCAAACUGUUUGGGGGGUUACUUUGUUGGCAACCUCUCCCAAACAAACACCCUUGUCCCACCAAAGAACCGAGUGUCUAUCUAUGGUGAUGGAAAUCAAAAAGUUGUUUUUAUGGAUGAAGAUGAUGUGGCAACGUACACGGUUAAGAGUGUAGACGAUCCUCGUACGUUGCACAAGACGUUGUAUCUUCGACCACAUGAAAACAUCCUUACGCACAACCAGUUGGUUCAGAAAUGGGAGAAACUCACCGACAAAACACUACAAAAAGUGCACAUUUCCGCUCAAGAUUUCCUUGCUUCCAUGAAAGAUUUGGACCAUGCUUAUAAAGCAGGAUUUGAACGGAUAUAUCAAAUUUUCUAUGAUGGUUGUUUGAUGAACUUCGAAAUUGGAAAACAUGGAGAAGAAGCUUCUAAUCUUUAUCCAGAGGAGCGUGAGCUCGGUUUGGAGAUGCAAAUAGGAAAGAGGAAGCAGACUCAUGACCUAACUCUGCUAACAACAUCUAAGAAGCUUGAUGUUUCCAUGCUAAUUAUUGGAGGCUAUAGGGACCAUGACAUUUUCACUAAGGGUAGAGGGACCCACGAGCCUGUGUGCUGCAAGUUCAAAUGCGGCAGGUGUGGGCGAAAGAGCUAUGUUUGCCAAGAAUGAACCCUUGAGAUAGAA